UCUUAGGUUGUGAGACAACGGCCAUGUUUGAGCACAAAAUGAAGCUUUUCAUCAUUUUGUUUCUUGUUUCAGUGAAAGUGGUUAUAGUCAUGGGUGAGUAGUACCUUUUCAAUGUUAAAAAUAUAAUUUUAUUAGUCUGCGCUGUCUUCUCUUUCUUCUUCCUUUUUUCUGUUGUUCAGAAGGUGCAUUUGAUCAAGCAAACUAGAGUAAGGAAUAGUAGGCCAUAUUUGCUCGCGAAACUGCUCAUUAGCCAUCCUUAAAAUAUAAAGAAAAUAGCAAUUGGCUUAGAGGAUUUCGAUUGAAUGUCGAUAAAGUGUUUAGAUAUGGAACCACCUUGGAAAGUAUGAUAAAUAGUAGGAUUGUUGUAGAGGAUUGUUCAGCCAGUUUGGCUACAUGUUAGGCAGGCGGCACUGGCCAAUGAAAAUGCACAAAGCAAAAUAAACUGGCCUGAAUAUAUGCUUCCCCAGUUUUUCAUUAGGAUGAUCGGCUCAUAGUUACGCACCUUCCUUUACAACCGACAUUAUCUGUCUUGUACAAGACAAACAACUAUACACCAAUAAUACAGCUUCAUCAAGAAAACAGCUAUAUUGGAUUUAAUACUGAUAGAAGAUCAGGUUCAGUUUUGAGAGUAGAGCGAUGAAAUGUCUAAUCAUGUUAAAAUCUAGGUGGGGCUAUGUAUUUCGGGGUUCAUUUUACGCUCGAUAACAUUAUGAAUGACUACGGGUCCAGUACCGGAACGGUCAAGCUUUUGCAAAGCUAUAUGAAAUGAAGCCGCUAGGGACAUCGAACCUAAUAAUUUGAAAAAAAAAAAAAGACAAAGAUAAAUUUGAAACCGUCUGAUUCUUGGCAGCCACCUUGACAUCUAAGAAUACAAUAAGGAAACAAACUUCUUUUAUUCUCCGAAAAAUCUUGAUACAAUAACUUGACUUUCCCAUGUGACUUGAAAACAUGUCGGCUUUCACUGGUGAGGCUGGUAGCAACACAGUUUGACAGUGACAGCAUCAGUUGUCCUAGAAAACAAAACUCACAAUUAAUCAGUGUUUGGUUUGACUGUGAAAUAAGUUAUAGUGAGCAGUUGAUUAACAGACUGGUUAUGAUGGCAUUGGUUUCAUAGGACAAGGCCUUUAGACAGGUUAUUUGUCAGCCAGUUUCAAAGAGUUCAGAGGAGGGAAAUUAUUUUAGACAAGAUGGGGAGGGGGGACGGGGGGGUCAAGUCAAAACCGGGCGUUUAACCGUUCUUCAGAAUUUUGGCCUCAAGCUGACAUUGUAUUUAAUCAAAUGGAAAAUCAAAAACAGUAACAUUAGAAAGGAUAUUUGGAAGGUAUCUUUCAAUAAAAAAAACAAAUUUGUUUCAGUGUACUUGGCUUAGUUCUCAAUGGUUGCUGUCCCAAAGCAUUACUAGGGAGCUCAAGCAAAGACGACGACAGUAAUGAGCGUAACAACUUAGAAUGUGCUUAGAAUUCAACUCCAGAAAAAUCUGCCAACAUUUGACUAGUUGAACGAGAUGGAAUAAGUGCGAUAAAGUUUAUAGCAUCGCGAAUUCACUUUUUAAGGGACUUUCUCUUCUCUAGCCGUCGCCGUCGCCGUCGCCGUCGUCGUUGCUUAAGCGCCCUCGAAAUUGUCAGGGUAACUCUAUCUUUUAAUCAUCGAUCCUCGAAAAUUUUAGGCCAUCAACUGGGAAGCGAGGGUGAGCAAGCUUUCUUCAGCACACUGAAGCAGUUAUCUAAAGAUCGACAAGCAGCCCUUGGUGCAAAACACGGUAAGUAAUAUUCUUCAUUUUAAACAGUUUUUAGUGAGCGGCCAGAUCGAGUUUUAGAUGUAAAAAUGAAAAUUUGCUUGAUCAACAAAAUGAGUCAAGUGUUUAAUCAGUGAGUCAGCGAAAAGUUUCUUACACUUCAUGAGUAAGAUCGGAAGGGUUUACAGGCAUAGGUUUGCGUCGAACAACCCAUCAAAGAAAUCGGUGGCUGCCUAUGAUAUCCCCAAACUGAUAAACUACUAAUUUCAGUUUUGUCGCUGACAGUUUUUUGCUUUCCGCGUAUUCAUUUGUAGUAUUUUUAUCCAAGGUUUUUGGGGUAAAGCAGCUUGGUAUGAGAGCGUGCUUGUCUCCUUGCCUAAAGAAAGAAUUAACCUAUAUUGAUACAUUUGUAUGGCGGGUUUUUUUCAUAGCAAAGUUGAAUGUCGUUCUAUAUUUUCAUAAUGCUAGAGUUAGGCAUGCGCAUGAACGAUGACGGACGGAAACUCUUCACAAACGGUAACUCCUGACAAGCUGGCGGUGAUUGGCUUCCGCAAGCCAAUAAAGCUGAAUCAACCUCAUCCACAGGGCUUUCUCAACAGUCUUGGAACGAGGUUGAAGCUGCACCCUAGGAAUGCCCCGAGCAACUGAGGCCCGCAGGUGGUUGGAUAUGUAUAUUGUAGAAAUAUUUCACAUCAAAACUGUCUCGGUCCACAGAGACGUAAAAAACUAAAAUGUUCAAAACCCCGUGGCUUAAUGACGCUUUUGAUCUAGCUUAGUGGACAGCUGUUUGGUAAUGUUGGUAACAUCUUUCAUUUAUGUCGCUAUCCGUCAUGAUUUUAUUGGCAAAACAGAAACCAUAACAUUUCUCAGGGUCGCCCGUCUAUUCAAUAUACCGCAUCUAAUAAUUCAGACCAAUGGGAUUUAUUGUUGAGAGUUUGUGAACGCAAAAUACUCGUCAGAGAGCCAUGGUUCAUGGGCGGGUAUCAGUUCAGUACUGGUGAUAAUCAAACUUCACGAUCAAAGGAAAUAAAAUCCCUUAUUCUUACAUAGCCAAUAUGGUUAAAGAAUAAUGUCAUGAAAUGUAUAUCGAGUGGGGAAACCGUAUAGAUGGUUUUAAAACAAGUAGACUGAUGGAGACUAUGCGUUCUUGAACAUUAAUUGAUUCUCAGAGUUUCAUGCUUUUUGCGAAGUAAUCAUCAAGCAACUGUGCCAAACGAAACGGUUACUGUCAAAUAGAGAAAACAAAAACUGCACAAAACAAUAAAGAUUAAGCCUGGCGCGUGGCGUGAGGCGCGUGGUUUGAUGAUUGCUAUGCAAUGAAACUCUGAGCAGCAAUAAAUCUUCAAGAUCACUUAGUCCAGCUCCGUCAGUCUACUUGUAUUCUUAUAGUCGAUGACGACAUCACUCUGGUACACCGGUUAUCUCUCUGCCUCUGAGAUCACGCUAAUGGUGAUCAGUUGAAGUGUUAUCUAUGGGGAUCCAGUUUUUACAGGUGCUCUAAAAACCGAUUUCUCAGUUCUUUUUCAGUAAUGUACGGAUCGAGUUCUUAGACCUCCCGUAACAAAUCUAACAAUAUUGAUGAUGAACUUUAUUUCAUUAAAGUGUCAAGAAAUCUUCUAGGGUGCCUUACAGGGCCUGCUUAAACAAGGGACACUAUUUAAAAUACUACCCCUGAAGAUCUACCAACCUAACUACUUAGAAUGAUUAAAUAAAUAUUAAUAACAAAUAUAUUUACAGUGACAGUAUGAUAUUAACAAAAACAUGCUUUCUAAAAUAUUGAUUUCAAGUAUUGGGACACUACUCAUAUAAAAAUGUUCCUUUAAAAAUUAAAAUGUCAGUAGAGUCUCGAAAUGUUAGCAAGCCAAAACAUAUACAAGACAGCAAUUCUUGCGCCCUGUAAUUAUAUGUUGCUGGUCUACCUCUCAGAUUUUCUUUUUAACGGCGUAAAUUACAUCGGUCUCAUUGACAUCUCUUCUCAAAUAGCUCAGAUUAUGUUUCCCGUAAGUUGUAGUAUUGAAACACGGAAUGAAAAAGGCAUUAGAAUUGCUGUGUCAAUAGCGAGAUUUAUCUAGUUCAAAAAGAGAUUACGAAAGGAGGGCAUAUAAUGUAUUUUGCCUUAUACAUAAUUAUCGCUAUUUCUUUCAAUCCACAACAGAGUAGUAUCUCCAGUUUAGCCUUUCUAAUAAUCUUUUUCAUCCCAUUAAAUAGAACUUAUACGUUAUAAUUGAAAACUCGUGUUAAUAAAGUACAAAUGACCUAACUUUGAUAACCUAUCAUCAUUUAAAAUGAUCUACAACUAAAUUUUAAAUGAUCUAAAAUGACCUAAAAUGAUCUAAAAGGAUCCAUUAUGAUCUAAAUACCUGUUUGUUUUCGUUCACAAAAUUAAGGCGGUGAAACGUUUUACUGUUUUAACGAAAGAUUAUUUUAAAUUGCGCCCGUUACACAAGUGACUCCGACUUAACAACCAACGCAUUUGCCUCUGGCACAUUGUUAUAUACUACUUACUUAUAAAGGGUAAUAAAUUUAUUUAGGAUACAUAUUUUAAAAUAUAAACUUCAUAAACGUUGAAUCAGCUCUUCAAUCUUUAAACCGUUCUGAAAAGUACAAACACACUCGUAGUCUCGGUGAACUGUUCUUUGUGAAUUGUUCGGUAUUUUCGGCUAUUGAGAGGUUCAAUUACGAUUCUAUAGCCUGUGAAGACAGCGUUCACUAAUUUCUUCUACAACUGUAUUCAAACUAGUCCACUAUGCGUAAUAGUUUAACCAAGGUGAGACGAUCUUUUCUUAAAAACAAACUGUCAUUUUCAGUAUUGGGCCAGUACUUGUCAGUAAUGAGUCAGUACUUGUACAACAGUUCUUUUUCGUGCAGGCAUCGUGUUAGUUCCAUGAACUGGUUUGCUUGUUGUGGACAGGCUGUAACUGUUAUUCAGAAAAUUUAUCAGAGUUCAUCAAAAUUUUGUGUCGUAGGAGCUUGGUUCAUCGUCGUCUGGCAAGUUAACUGAUUCCUCAGUUUCUCUUGAAACAACAUCUUUGGACUCUGCCGAGCAUGAUUUAGUUACAGUGGUGAAUUGAGCUUGAUCUUCUGGCCCAAUGCUGAUGUCCGCAAACUCCAGUUGCUCCAGUUUUUUUGCUUCCCUAACUAUCCUUGGAACAACUUUAUCAAAAGCUUUUAGCUCCACAAGAUUUUUCUGUUUUGGGUUAAUGAAUAAGACUACCAGUGCGCGACGAAAUCUCUCGGUCCUAAUGUAAUAGAUUGCACAAUUAAUUGCGCACGUUACGAGCAAAAAGAAGAACUCAAAAAACAAAAGCCAGUGUUCGAUUAUAACUACAGUAGUUGCAAUCAAAAUACUUCGAGUUACUCCUGGAAGAAUGCAAAUGGCAUAAGCAACUAUUAUAUAUCGAACUGUUAUCAAAGCUUUAAGAUCCUGAAAUUUUUUAACUCUCAGUCCUUCUAUACCCUUUCUGAAAGUGACAUUUUUCCUAAUUUCUCUCGUGCUCAAAAAUGAAACUACGCAAAAUAACACCAGAAAAGAGGGCAAAAUUAUUCUAGGGAAGGGCAUAAUGCCGUUAUCUUCGUAUUGUUGGAUGUACCUAAAAAUUGCCACAUCACCCAUUUCUUCAAACUCUGUAUGAAACAAAAUAAUGAACCCAACUAUGGCACAACCUAUAACCCAUUUAACUGCUAUGGCUAUAAAAAUUGUUUUUCUAUUUUUCCAUGCUGUAUAUCUUACGCCAUAAGCGAAGGCCAGAUAGCGAUCCAUGAAUAUGGUGGAUACUGAGAGAAGAUUCUGUAGCAGACAUCCUCUGCGGAUAAACAAACAAACCAUGGCUACUGUUCGACCUCUAAGAGAUGGUGAUGGAUACAGUUGGUAGCAAAUAAACAUGGGGAUGUUAAUUGCACCGUUCAUGAAAUCAGUCACCGCCAUUUCAACAACAAAAACGUUGGCAUGAGUACGCAGAUUUUUAAACUUCCAAACGAUAGCACAGAUCAAAGAGUUACCUACAACCACCACUAGCAGUAGAAGACUAAGAAGACAUGUUUGAAGGAUCAGCUCAUAUCCCUGUGGUAGGAUUUGCGCUUUAGUGCUCAUGCCAGGAUGCCGUUUUAUCUUGAUAAUCACAGCUCUUUCUCUUCGAAUUUAACGAAUGUUUUUUUACUUGAUUGAUUUCACAGCGAAAAACGUCUUCUCCCAAUGAAGAGAUUACUUUGAGUGAAUGUUUUGAUCUUAUGCAAUCUCCAUAUCUAGCUUUGAUAUGCUGAUUUAUUUCAAUUGGCCUGUUUGAGUCACACCUUAUUCGGUGGGACCAAUUAAUGAGGGUUUUAUAACGUCAAGAAACCUUGAAAAACUGAUCUUGAUGGACCGUGUGUAUUCAGUAUAGGUGUGGAAUGUUGAAAUGCCGAAAAGUCUUUUUUUUUUUCAUAAUAUCUAUUUUUCAGUAACAAACAACCUCAUCCACAGACAAUAUCCUUUUGAGUUUACUUUUCAUAUAACAUCUGUGAAAAUCUGGCUUUUCGACAAUAAUGUAGAAGACGGUUGGACAGCCUCUCUUUCACUCCAUUUUCUUGAUUUGGUCUUUUUGCUGGUGUCAACCACGUACACUUAACCCUGUGAUGCAAAAACGUCAGUUUUGAAAAAGAGCGACAGUUGCUUUAUUCUUGCCGAGCAUAAACAAUAACUCAAAACGUUUUGGUGGUAAUUCUAAUUACAUCAAAAUAACAACAAAAACUGUACGUUUUUUCUUCAAGUUUUUUAUUUAGAGUUCCUUUUUUUUUCCAUCCUUCGUUAAAAGGUCGCUCAAGCGACAGCUGAUUUUCUCUUAGACUGUUAACGCUUGGUCCAUGCUCUCUUGAUAUUAAGUUCGACUCAUUAUUUUGAUGUGGGGAAUCCACUGUACGCGCCUGUGCGCUGAAAUUCAUUUGAAAAUAUGAUGGUCUUAUAAAUGCAUAAUGAUUUUUUUGCUACUUUGGCCCUAAAAUUAACUCUAUGGCCUUUUCAAAACGAAUUUUACAUUAUCAAGUUUCCUAAUUAAACGUCCCGAAUUUAGUAGUAUUUAGUGAGUUUUGCUUUGGCUCAAGUGAAUGCAAAUUUAAUUUGAAAAUUUUACAAGGAGCGACAUUUCCCGUUUUUGAUGUUCCGAUCCUUGCGUGUUACAAUGUUUUCGACUCGCUUUUUGGAGUUCCGAAAAAUAAAUGCAGGACGGCAAACUAGAUAAAUUUUCUUAAAACUGGUUUUCUAACCAGGGAGAAUUUUGCCCUUCUCGUGGACAAAACGUGUGUCUGUUUCAAGUGAAAUACAGCCCUUAUUAUCAGAGAAUAAAAAAACUUGAAUGUACACUUUAGAUGCUUCCUUGAUCUUCUUGUACAAAAAAAAAGAGUGAAUAAAAAGGAACCGUACACUUCUUUUGUCUCUCCUGCUUCUACUAUUUACUUUUAGAAAUAACUUCUGGUUUAGUAAAAACUGAAAAAUAGUCGUUGUUCCUUAAAAGAUCAUUGACUUGUACUUGCCUAGUUCCUUGGCCUCAUUGUUAUGCCCGGCCUGUUUUUCGGGUCUUGUGAUUCUAGGUCGCCGUAAUGGAUUGACCAAGAAGGCCUGGGAAGUUUUCUAUACUAAGACAAGGCAAGACGUGUACAACGUUUUUCACAUUCCAUGGCUGUCGCCAAUAUCAUCCAUUGCGCUACGCCAAGCUGACGAUAACCAGUUUUCUCAAUUGAUGGCCGUAGCGUUUCUGGAGAUGCGUUUAACUGCGAUUAAACGAAAAAAAUAGCAGUAAUAAUGUAUUUAGUCUUGGAUAGGAUUAUCAUUCUAGCUGUUUGAAUGUAACAGUUCAUUAGACAUUUUACUGAGAUGUUUUUACAUCAUUACUAAUAAAUAAAAUUUCACGAAAAAUCCUUUUUUUUUUCCGACUGGCGCCAGCGCCCAGUUCGAGCACGGAACAGUGGUGGAGGGAGUGUGUAUAGAUAGUUUUAGCCUGUCCGCAGACUAUAUUCCCUUCUUUUCGACCAUUCAACAGCGACCACGCGAGAACGACACUCGGCCUAACCCCUUGCGCUUGCGGUCAAUAAAUCCCCCGUUAAUUUUAUUUUCAAACGAGCGCUCGAGGGUCUUUGAACAGGGUAAGGUCGUUUUGUCAUCUUCCCCAGCAACUUAAAGAGACAGCUGACAGUUUUGGUAAUUACAAUUUUCAAAAUCAAGAAUCAGAAUUCAAGGAUGGAUUUUUGUGUCCUUAUACGCACGAGGCAUCAUGAGCAAAAAAAAUCACUGACUGUAGCUAAGUUCUUAAUUUUUGGCGUUUUGGCUUUUGUCCCUUCGUACGUAAGCACUACCCACUGAUCAUAUAAUAAUAUCAUUUGGUACUUGAAAGAACAAAACAAAAACUAUUUUACAGUAGAUCGACAAGUACUCAGUGGCUCUUUUGAUGCCAAUAAUAAGAGUGUACGAGGCUACUGACACUAAAGUGCAAAUAAAUUACGGAAUAACGGAUGGAGUAAGCGAUAAUUAUGAGAAAAUAUAAACUUAGCAAAGUAGAAAGAAUUGAGUUUAAACAUCUAAAAUAUAAUCCUCUAAUAUUAAUAUAGAAAAUGAAAUAAGGGGCAUUAUGACAGCGAUAAGGAAUGAUGAAUAGGCUACUUUUAGGUUUGCCUCAACUUGAUAAGCAUUUGAGACAAAAAAAUUCCCUAAUUUCAUUAAUUUCCUUUAUUGUUUGCUUUUCCAAUUUGUUGUAUAGGUCCUUUGGGGAAGAAUAAGCCUGCGUUAGAAGACGAUGUAGCCCAGCUAUCUCUCACAAAAAGAGCAAUAACAAGCAUCAAACGUGCGUCAUUGCUUACUGAGUUAUAUAACUAAAUUACAAAAACCAGUCACAACUAGUGAAUUAGGCUCUCUGUCUGAAAACUCUCCACAAAUGUAGGAUUCAGUCGUUUUUCACGGUUAGUCAAUUUCAAACUUGACAACUACAUUAACAGUACCGUACUCAGGCACUGUACAGAGUAAGUUUUCGUUCGCUUCAAUGGCAAUCCUGUACUGCCAACUUCGAGUAAAUACCAAAUGAAAUAUACGUUUGAAUUAUCCUUUCAAUAAUCCACAAAACUCUCCAAAUCCCUUUUUUUCGUUCAGUUAAUUAUGAUUAUCAGCCACUGAGAUUCGUGGCCGACAUGGUUUUUCCUUCACUGUAUAUUAACAGAACGGGUUUCAUCUUUGGCUUACCUCCCUAUACACAAUAUCUGCUUUUAACACGUUGUUUUGGCUUUAAAAGCAAAGAAGAUCCGUUUAAACCUGGCUGACAAUCUUCCGAAAGAGAAUGGCACAGGCCGUGUGGAGAUAUACCAUGAUAAUCAGUGGGGUACUGUGUGCGACAAGUCGUGGGACUUAAACGACGCGUUCGUGGUCUGUAAUGAGCUGGGACUGGUCAAAGCAAUCCACGAGACUAAGAAUGCCAAAUAUGGGCAAGGAGUAGGUCCUAUUUGGCUCAGUAAUGUAGACUGCAAGGGAGGAGAGAGUUCUCUGGUCAACUGCCCCCACCGUGGUUGGGGAAAUGUUGGCUCUUGUACACACGGAGACGACGCUGGCGCUAAAUGCCUGCAAACAGGUGAGAAAUGGGUACGCAAGGUGUACAUACUUCCAGGUUGUAGUGCUCAACCUCUUUUAGGCAUUUUAAAUGAAUCAGUUUAUUCAUAAUAGCAAAUUAAUGAUAACUUUUCUUUCUUUCCCAUUGUAAAAACAAAAGUGUAACUCAAGCAUAAAUACGAGACUACAAGUGGAAAACAGUAGAAGACCACAAUUAGUUUCGAAAUCAGGUUUUACCUAGUCACACUAGUCACAAGACUGUAUGUGAUGUAUGUCAGUGAAUGCACUGACAUAUAGGUUAUUUUGCAACAUAUCUAUUUUUCCGAAAAUGCCCUAUAUAAAUGUCAUUCUAAACAUGAGUGAAAUCAGUACGUACAAAGAUCCGACUGUAAAAAGGGUCCGCCCAAUUAGACUCUGCAGCUGAUUUCUGCUCUCAAAGAAGGUCGCCAUUUGAGGAAAUGUUACGGUUCUCCAGUCCAUGCGACAUGCUUUAUUGGCACUCAGUAUGUAGCUCAAAAAAGGUCAAAGUGUAUUAAAGGGAUUGUCAGAGUUAUCCUGGGCCCAAGAGAGGAAUUAAAAUUUCUUUAUAACAUAUCUGUAUUUGUAGUAUGAGCUGGCCACCCGACGUUAAUUUUUCCCACUCUCCUGCGAGUAGCACGCGGGUUAAGAAAAGGUAUUUAUGAUUUUAUCUGUUAGGUAUACCUCGUUUAAUUGAGGUUGGUUGCUACAAAGACAGCCAGUCUAACCGGGCUCUUCGUACUCUGUUCGCAUAUCUGAGAAGUGAAGUCGAUUGGUACAAUUUGCGAAGCAUGGUAACAAAGUGCGCAGAAAGAGCCUGGAAACGAGGAUUUAGGUAUACAAUCCCACAAUCCUAAUGUAUAUGUGCAUAAUCUUAAUGAUCAUUACUAACAGCAGUGAAUGUAGUCUUAGAGGAGAAGCUAGUUGAAAUUAUGAAAGGCGACUCCUUUUUUUUUAAUUUGACGUACAAAACUAAAGAAAGAGUUUGCUGAGUUAGUUUAUGUUUAAUGUGACCAGUCCCAGUGAGUCCUCUCAUACGUCACGAAUUUCUUUAGUUGCUCACUGCAUCAAGAAAGUUAGGUUGAUAGUUCGGUGGCUUCUUAAGAAUCGGGAGCUUACGCAACGACGACGGAAAAAAAGCAAUAGGGUUAGGGCUUGUUUACAUGGAGGUGGCCGGAACCCUUGAUAGGUAAGGUAACCGGCGGCGGGUACCCCUUCAGGUCCCUAAAUUAUUCGCGAAAUACCACCUCUAAUUACUGGAACUGCUGGGAGAAGGACUUUAAUAAAACUACGAAUAGCAAUCACAAACUAAUGAUACAAAUAGGUAGAUACAGUACGAAAGAUAAUAGACAUUGCCCUUUUUGUGGAUCCAAUCUAAUCGAAGACGAAGUUCACUUUCUUUUUCGUUGUCCUACGUACUCUAUGAUUAGGAAUAAUUUAAUUUUUACAAUAAAGUCAAGACUCUGAUUCCAAUAUUACCCAUUUACCAGUACACGUUUUAUCAAUGGACUGAUGAACUCCUCUAAUUUUUUUUAUCAACAUACAAUUCAAGAAAUAUAUUUCAGCUCACUUUGAUCUUCGUGACAAAUUAUUACCAAAGUAACUUAAUUAAUUGCCCUAUGAUGUAAUUUUAGUUCUUCUUCUUAAAAUAGCUUUUGCAAUGUAUGUACUUCUAUGGUCAUGCAAAUAACGCUCGUUGUUGCUGUUGUUGUUGUUGGUAAGCACAACUUUUUUUUCUAGGUACUUUGGGAUCCAGUUCUAUGGCGAAUGUUGGGGUGAUGUUGAAGCAGAAGCAAGGUACGCCAUGCAUGGUGAAGUGGAUAGGAAACAUUCUGAACAGAACUGCAUUGAAGGUGAGAUUAAAAAUUUGCCGACUUUUUCUUCUCUUAACGACGCCAAACCUUCUUCAUUUUCAAAUGUUUCAUAUCCUGACCGUUUUAUUUCAGACCGAACUUUUUAUUCAGAACGGAAAUUCAGACGAACAUUUUUAAGUAGAGUCAAAACAUUGUCAGAGUUAGUGGUUCCUGAAUGAUUGACUUGAUAACUCGAAGAGAUUGAGGGUAGAUUUAAGCGUUUUCCUUCAGAGGCAAAAUAUUUACUGCUUCGAAUCAGAUUUGAUAACGACCGUGGGUAAGAUGGCAUUGGCAAUCCUUUACUAUAUGUAAUUACCGAUGAUUAACUGCUUUAUUAUUUUGGAACACAUUGCGUUGAUUCAUUGCGUUCUUUUUGUUGAUAAGGUACCGGCAUGCACUGGGCAAACUUUGUGUACAAAUUUGCACCUUGGAGAGAUCUGGGGUGUUGGAGGGAUGUCAUAAGUGACCGAGCAUUACCUCAGUUGCUGGUAAACCUACGAUCACAAAUUGACUGGUUUAACAUCGGCAAAACCAGUGAGUCUUGAGUGGUGUAGUAGGGAAUAGUUAUUUCUUUGUCUUUGUUGUUGUUGUUGUUGUUUUUUGCAAGGUGGUCUCACUAACUUGUGGGGGUAUUCCGCCGGAAGAAAAUAAGAUUCUAUCGCAAACAGGGGUCCCUGCCUCAAUGAGAUUCAUGACUUCAUAGGCGUUAAUGCCGUACUCCCAUGUAAUUAGUGAGAUUCCCCGCAAAAUAGUAACCAACCCCUACCAUAUUACAGCCUACUGUCAGCUUGGGCAUAACAAAUAACUACAACACAUUUCAAUAUAGCCAUUAACUGUUUUACAAGUAUAAAAUUACAGUAUCAUAUGACUCGAUUUCUACAAGUCUCCCUGAGAUGAUUCACCAACCACUUAUUAAUUAAAAGCCGGGAUGAUUUUGAUAAACUUUUUUUCCACUUAGGGACGGACUAUUGAAAAUAACCGAAGGAGGGGUGAAAAUUUCCCAAAAAAAUUCCUGCAGGGGAAACUUGUCUAAAAAAAAUCCUGCAAGCGGUGAUACCUAAAAACAAUAAGUCAUAUGCCCUAGAAAGAAUUCCUACAGACAAGUGGGAUUAUAAAAAAAAAAUUCAUGCACCAAACAUUUUUCACCCCCCUCCCGGUUAUUUCUAAUCGUCCGUCCCUUAUUAACGUUCACCACGCUAUUAAUCUCUUUGUCAACUGAGAGCAAAAACUGAUUCCUUAAUCUGAGUGAAACUUUCUUUUCCUGCCUCCCGCAGAUAAGGUACCCUAGUGUAUUGGUCCCAGCAUUCAGGUGUAUUUAGAUAUUCUUUAUCCAAAGAAAGUUAUCCCCAAGUGCAGGUAUGGCCGGCUUUCGUAGCUAGGGAAGAAACAACUGACUUUUUUAGCACCAGACAGAAAAUAACGUCUGCUGCGUUAAAUUUUUUCGGGUAUUAAGAUAACAUUGAUGUAAACUUUUGUGUUCGUAUAGGGAAAAUUUGUAUUUUCCAUUUCACUCGUGGUUGUUUAACUCUUUUCAGUCGACAAAUGUUAUCAGGCUGCAAAGAAGGCUGGGAAAAUGUACUUCGCCGUGCAGUUUUAUGGGGAAUGCUGGGUAGCCGACGAUGAUUCGACUUACAUGAAGCAUGGACCUAGUGCUGCUUGUUGGAGUGGCGUGGGAAAAGGAUUUGCAAACUAUGUCUACAAAGUGGAGUGGUAACGCACAAGGUAUACGGCACAGUCUUAAUAUUAAAACCAGACAUUUUUUGGUCAGAUUUUCCUUCCAAGAUAGAUUCGUUGGUUUCUUUUCACUGCACACAUUUGCUCUUCUCUGCCUGGGAGAAAGAUUAAAUGGCAAAUUUUAAGUCGCCAGCUCAGGCUCUAUCCAUUAGCACGGAGAAUGAAGCGGCCUCAACGUAAGAAAAUCAAAUUUUUGAAAAAUACCAUGAGCAUAUAGAAACCCAUAAAUGUUACUUUCUUCAACAGCAUUGAGACCGUCUAAAGACGUGGGAAGCUUUUCCGUUUUAUUGGGCAUGUUAAAACUGAAAACUUAUCAAUGAGGCGUUUUAGGCAUGAAAUACAGCUAAACACAAGUAAAAUGCAAAAUGCACCUGGCGUAAACAAUAUCUAGACUAGACUAGUCUCUCUAGACUACGAGUAGUAGUCACUUUCUUAAAGUCAUGUGUAUUCUUCCUUUCUCCUGACAGGUCAAUCGGACGUCGUACAUCCAAACUUGAGACCACUGGUCAACAAAGUAGUUAGUAACUUAGUAGAAAAUGUUUAUCUUAGAAUGGAACAGUUUUUUCAUUACUUUCAUGCAGUGUGUGUACUGUGAAUAAAAUAAAAUUGAAGUACGAAUACUUUUAUGAUCAAUAAAAUAUUCCUUCACAGAG